GAGCGCAGCGCCUCUGCCGCGAGUCCUUGACGGGGGAAGUCGCCCUCUGAGCCCGGGGGAAAGAGUGCCGGAGCAGGCGGCUCUUUGCAGCCCCGGAUCUGGAGUCUUGGAGAGGACCGGUUCGUCCCCCUCCGGCGGAGCGAUCUGGCUUUGAAAGUCAGAGUGACAUGGUGCAGCUGAAGAGAGGAACGAGACAUCCAUCCUUGGCUCCAGUUUGGGUAAACCUGUGAAAGUUGCCCUCAGGCUCGCCGGGUUCCUCACCAUGGCUAAGAGCGCUGAAGUGAAGCUGGCCAUCUUCGGGCGAGCGGGAGUCGGGAAGUCAGCUCUCGUUGUGCGCUUCCUAACCAAGCGAUUCAUCUGGGAGUACGAUCCGACGCUUGGUAAAACAAACUUCUGACAUCUCUUUAUGUCUGUUCACCACAAACACGCUUCCGUCAUUUCUGUUUCCAAACAGGAAGAUGCCAUUCAGAGAGAAGGACACGUGCGGUGGGGCGAAGGCUUCGUGCUGGUUUAUGACAUCACCGACCGGGGGAGCUUUGAAGAAGUCCUUCCACUUAAGAACUUGCUGGACGAAGUUAAAAAACCCAAGAAUGUUACUUUGAUCCUAGUCGGGAACAAAGCAGAUCUGGACCACUCCAGGCAGGUCAGCACCGAAGAAGGGGAAAAGCUGGCCACCGAACUUGCUUGCGCCUUCUACGAAUGUUCGGCGUGUACGGGCGGAGGCAACAUCAUGGAAGCCUUUUAUGAGCUUUGCCGGGAAGUGCGGCGUCGCAAGAUGGUUCAGGGCAAGACCCGGAGACGGAGUUCCACCACUCACGUCAAGCAAGCGAUUAACAAGAUGCUCACCAAAAUCAGCAGCUAAACUAUUUUUUCCCUCAAAAUAUUAUUGUAAAGCAGGUUAAUCUUGGGCAGAGAGAGAUUUUAAGGGUAGGUGGGAGUCAGUCAACAAGGUAGUUAACGCUUUGUGCUUGUUUAACUAUCCCAUGUUCUUCCUCCGUAGGUUAGGAGAAGCGAAGCAAGCUCCUACGCUCAUCCCUCCAGUCUACCUUUUAAAAUCCAUUCACACUGGGGCUGCCAGUUGGGAAAUUCCUGUGGUUUUGGGUUUGGGGCAGGGUGGGGCCUCAGAGGGGGCUGAUGCUGUGGAGUCCACCUUCCAAAGUAGACAUUUUCCCCGGGGGAGCUGACCUCUGUUACCUGGAAAUCAGUUGUAAUCCUGGGAGAUAUCCAGGCUCCACCUGGAAAUUGGCAUCUGUAAUUCACAGGAAAGAUGAGCAGCUGGGAAUGCAUCGAAUAGUGUCAGAGUGGGGGUUGAUCUCCAUCUCAACCUGUCUACUGCUGUAGUUCUAGGUAAAUAAAUCCUGUUCCACACUGGGUGAGAACAGAUGACCUUUUGAUACUAGUCAGCCUACUGUAGAGAUUGCAAAUGCCUUAACAGUCCAGGUGCUCGGGAGCAACAGCCGCAGAAGGCCAUUGCUUUCACAUCCUGCAUGUGAGCUCCCAAAGGCACCUGGUGGGCCACUGCAAGUAGCAGAGAGCUGGACUAGAUGGACUCUGGUCUGAUCCAGCUGGCUAGUUCUUAUGUAGUGUACAUAGGGUCUUUGGGGCAGUCAUCUGUAACCUCUGGCUGAAUGGUAAGAAGACUUUUACUCACCCAUUCAUAACCAAUCAGAAAUCCAAGAACAAAAGGGAAUGGUUAAAUUCUCCUCCAUGAUUUGUAGGACAUUACAAGAGACCGGUUAAACCAACUGGCUCCAUGUUUGAAAUGGUAAAUUACCACUUGAUAAAUGCUAAUCUGUGGCCUGGUCUAUACAUUCAGCAGGUGGUCACAUUUUGAGGUGGUAGAGCGACCAGCACCACUUUAGAAGAGAGUGGGGGGGGGGGGUCACAUGAUUAGCUCUCCCCUCAUUUAAGAAUUCCCCGCAGAUUAAACAUUUGUAUGUCAGGGUGGAAGGUUGCAUCAUAGCCUUUUGCUUGUUCGGCUGGUAUUUUCCCCACAAUGAGUUCUGGGCCCAAGGCCUCUCAACCCCCAGAAAACGUAGCAGAUAUUAUUCUGAUUUCACCUAACUUUGUUCUGCUUCUGACGACCUUCCAGAUUCCCCCCCCCCCCCCGCCCCAGUUCUGCUACAGGCUUCCCCCAAACUGCUUUGUUUUAGACUUUGCUGAAGGAUCAUUUGGGGAAAGCGUGGAUGAGAAACUCGGUUUCUACAGCUUUCCAUCUAUAUCUGGUGCCACAUCGAACAUCUUUCCCCUCACACCUGCCGUUUCUAUUGAGAGCCAGUACGGUAUAGUCGUCAAGAGUGUUGGACUAGUAUGUGGAAGACCCAGGUUCAAUCCUCCACUCAGCCACGGAAGCUUGUGGUCAGGCACACACUUUCAGCCUAACCUACUUCACAGGGUUGUUGUGAGCAUAAAAUGGAGAAGCGAAUGUAAGCCACUUUGGGUCUCCAUUGGCAGGAUAUACAUAAAGUUUAAUAAAAUGGCACCUCGCCCUCUGGAGGUGGAUGAAGGAAUGGCGAGCAGAAGGCAAAGGAACAGAAAGAACAAAAAUGGUUGUUUAUUAUAUAAAUUGAUUAUGUACACAUAUAUAAAGAAAAAAAUGAAUAUAAUAUAUGAGAGGCAUCAUUUUGUACUUUUGCCUCCCCCCUCUUUAAAAAAAAACCCAGGAGAGUCUGGAGGGCAGAAAUUUCACUUCUACUAAAACCCGGAAGUGAUGUCGUCAAUUCUGUAGGAUUUCAGUGGCAAAAUUCUAGAUCAUUGGUAACAUCACUUCUGGGUUGGAAGUGCAUCAAUUACCCCCUCCCCCCAUUUUUCUCCUGACGCUUAUUUCAGCAUUGUUGAGAUACAGGUGUUUCUUCAGGAAUUUGCCCUCUGAAAACAGGGAUCCUUACAAUAAAUGCAUUUUUAAAAAAACAGGUCUUGGUCAGUCAGUCUUCAGUGCACAAAUGGGACAUAGAUCCCAAUUUUAUGCAUUUGUGCUCAAAAGUAAGGCCCAUCUGCAGGGCUACCACCAACUCUGAUUUUUUUUAAAAAAAAUAUUUGGGCAAGGCUAGGAAGAAGGAACUUUGUGGUCAGGGAGUAUCCUAAAGAAGGCCCACAAUUAUUUCUGCCAAUCUUGGGAGCAGAGCCAAGGUGCGUAUCCACACUGAUGGUCCUGUUUUUCAACCUAUAGCUCUAGAGCUAAAUGUGGAUUGGUACAGAAUCAAGUGUGGGCUUUUGUAAAAAAAAAAUGAAUGCUUUAUGUUAAGAUAUACGGGAGAAGUAAUGGGGAUGCUAGAAUGUAAAAGAAUUUACUCGAAGCCCUGACCGGGCUGGCCCAGGCUAGCCUGAUCUCUUCUGAUCUCAGAAGUUAAGUGUGUUGGCCUUGGUUAGGAAUUGAAUGGGAGAUCACCAAGGAAUACUAGGAUUGCUAGACAGAGGGAGGCAGUGGCAAACCACCUCUGUUAGACUCGCCUUGAAAACCCUACCGGAUUGCCAUAAGUCGGCUGCAACUUGAUGGCACUUUACACCCACACAUACACACACUCAGAGGACUAUAUUGGAACUACAAGGGUUUCUUAACGUUACUUUACAGAAAGAAUGAUAAGAGGAUUAACCAUAGAGUUUGGGCUGAAUGCUAGAGUGUUUCCAGCAAUGGGCUGACUGACAUCAUUUCCAGUCAGCAUUCCAGGACGCUGACAGCUGUCCCUCCCAUCUCCCAUUGGAGGCGGGAGAUUCUCCAUCCCCAGCAGGAACCUGGCAAGCCUAACGAACAGUAAUAAGACUGCACAUUGUAACGUAAAUGGAUCUUCUUACGUCAAGCUGUUUCGUGAGGUCUUGCUGUGAACGUUGGUGUGGUUUGGCUCUUUAAUUGGAAAAAGCUUUAAUUGUAAAAAGGUUCCCGUCUUAUAUGAUGAACAGCUAAAAUGUAGAGAAAAUGGCCACUUUAGGGGGUAGAUUAUAUGGCAUUAUGAUACCCCAAUGAAGUCCCUCCCCAGACCCAUGGCCCCCAGGCUCCACCCCCAAGAUUCCAUCACUUUCUCAACCCAGGGUUUGCAACCAUAAUUCACAACUUCAAUUACUUUGAUUCAAACAGGAUAGGGUGUGGUACAGCUUUUGUCCUCAUUGGUUAAGGAAGAGCCGAUUUCGAAUCCUUGCCCAUCUUCAAAGGUUAGCCCUUGAUGAAUCUCUCUCUCUCCUCUCUUAUUCUAACCUACCUCACAGGAUUGUUGUGAGGAUGAAUGAAGUCGGAAGUUGUAACGCUACUUGUACACUGAGAACUGUCGUCAAACCAAUCUGUGUGUAAACUGCUUUGUAAAUCGCAGUCCGGGAACAGAUGUCAAAUGCCGAGCAACAGCCUCUUUGCCGUGCCAGAUAUGUAGGGACUCUGUUUUGGAAUAUGUCUCCAUGCUCAAAUCUCCCUGUGCAUAGAAAUCUAGAAUAUCAGGGAGAAUGCUUCUCAGCUAGCUUUUUUAAUAUACAUGCUAGCAUUGUAAAUAACGAUGGCAUGAGGGAUUAUUUUUUCAAACGAAAACACCCCCCCGGGCUUAUCUGAAGUGGCACAGAGUGUACCACCUGCCACCGUGCUCUUUGUCUGACUUCAUUCUCAGCGAAGAAAAUCAUUUUUUCAGUGAACUGGCAGUGUUUGAAUCACGCAAGGCAACCAAAAAGAAAAUGACUUCGACCUCUAUUAUCUACAUUUUGUUCUAGAAAUUACUACUUUCAAUUCUCAUUUAUCUUUUCUUUUAUUGUUUCCCUUGGAGGGUGGGAAUUGUCUUUGGCAGACCGCCGUCGCACUUCUUUGCACUGGCGAGGGAAAAGGUCCAAGGGAGUCCUACCGAAUGGGUAUGAUGGGGCUUUUUUAAAAAAAAAUGGCUCAAGCUAUUUAUGUAUCUUUAACAAAGAAAUCGUGUUUAUAAAAUAUAGAGGCUUUUAACUGAACAAUACUCCUCAGCGGUUUGGCAUAGCUGACUUUAUUUUCCUUGAAAAUGUAAAUCUAUAUAAUAAAACUGUCCUUUUAAAAGUG